ACAAUACUUUGGACUCCAUUUUGAAUCAAAAGUUGUACCCAAGAUCAAGUUUUCGCCAAUUUCAAGAGAAAACAACGAUACAAGUUUGAUGAUUAGAUGAAUCAAUGAAUUUAUGACGUUAUUAGGCUGAGAAACGAGUUGGCCACUGUGUAGGAGUAUCGAAUCGUGACGUUAGUACGUUAGAGGUCAAUGCCGAACAACACCGACGGUCAAGCAUAACAGCAUUUCAAUUAUACUAGGCCAAUAAACAACGAUUAUGGUUGAAAGAUUAUGUCGUGUAUUAGCGGUGGUUAGUUUGUACAUUCUUAUCUCACCAGGGUGUAUACAGUGCAAAUAUGGCGCUCAUAUUAAUGAUAGAGAUGAAAGGGCUAUUGGAGAUUGUGGAGGGACGUAUGCUGACGAUACAGGGUUCAUUACCUCCCCUGGAUAUCCUGAUUACUACUCUGACAACGUGGACUGUGAAUAUUACAUCACCGUUAGCGAUGGUUACGUGAUCCACUUGAUUUUCAGGGAAUUUUACUUGGCUAGUUAUGGAGACUAUCUCAGUGUCUACGAUGGUCCCUCGGAGUUAAAACCCAAUGGAUACUAUGAAGAUAGGAUCGCUUAUUUAAAGGGCACUAUGUCUGAUAUAACGGAUGUUAUAAUUUCGACAGACGUGAACAUCACCGUGCUGUUCCAUUCCGACAGUUCGAACACAUUCCCUGGUUUUUACGCUACUUGGACUGCUAUCAAUGUAAACACCAUGGGCAUAUGUGGGUCGACGUACACCGACGAUAUAGGAACACUAACAUCACCUGGAUAUCCGGCAGAUUACAGCAAUAACGCUGACUGCUACUUCUACAUUACCCUUUCCUCUGGAAACAGAAUACAGUUAAUGUUCUAUGAGCUGGACACUGAGAGAGACAAUGACUUAGUAGAAGUCUAUGACGGAGACGGGAUAUCGUCGUCGGCCGUUCUGAUUGGUAGUUAUUCUGGCACUGAUAGGCCGCCAUUGAUUACGUCGACGGGCAAUUCUUUAACUGUUCAUUUCACGUCAGACUAUUCAACAACGAAAGAUGGAUUUUAUGCAAUGUAUAGCGUUGCUGCGUCAUUUGAAACUGCAGUAUGCACUAUCAGUGAACCAGUGGGCUCGAUUACAUCAAUGGGUGGUACCAUUGUAUCACACACUUCGUACCCCGGUGACUAUUCUAGCCCUCAGACGUGUGUGCUCACUCUCACCAACUUUGAAGCAUAUACUUACAUAUACCUUAAAUUCUUAGAGAUAGACGUGUAUGGUUGCAGUGGAGGAGAUUAUAUUAGAGUAGACGACGACAACGAAGAGUUAGGCACAAUCUGUGAAAGUUCACAUGUUGGCACGGAAUUUACAAGCAAUACUCUUAUAAAGAUCACGUUCAAUGCUGUGUCACAUACGGGUACUUACCAGGGUUUCAAAGCUGUAUACUCCUUGUAUUACAGAACAUACUUUUCAUCGGACACCUGCGAUUAUAGCACGGAUUUUAAAUGUGAUAAUGGAAACUGCAUCGAUUCAUCAUUACGUUCGGAUGGUUAUGAUCACUGUGGUGAUAAUUCAGAUGAGAAUUCUUCUUCUUCCACCUCAUCAUCAUCCACCACUUUGAUCAUCAUUGGCGUUGUAAUCGGUGUUAUAGUUUUUUUGGUAAUUAUUAUUGGAGCUAUUUGUUAUUGGAUGAAGUCUAAAACACCAUCCGCGACGUCUCCUGCUACUACCAAUACUACACAUAGGGCAUUAGCCAAUGAAAGUGCAUUUCCACCAACCCCUGUGGGAGGCUAUUACCAGCCACCAGAAGCAACAACAGUAAACAAAGGUGUCGGCGCAGCUCCAAAUCCUUACACGCAAGCUCAAAGUGCAGCUCCAAAUCCUUACUAUAAUGCAAAUGAAGUGCCAAACCCGUACGCCAAUCAGAUCAAUCAAGGAGGGUACAAUCCCAACAUGGUAUACAACCCAUCAGAACCGGCGAAGGGGAACGAUGUCAAACCUCUAAUUGAGUAA